UUUUGUUGAGCCCGUCUCACUCCUUUUCUCCCUUUCUCUCUCACCCGCAAGAGGGAUCAAAUCAAACAAACUCUACGAUGCUGACUCCAACCAUGCUCCGCCAGCGCCUCCUCUCAUCUCUCCGUAUCCGCGGCGGCUCAAGCUCCGGCGCAAGCCGAUGGACAAGCCCAGGCCACGAAGAAAGACCCAAGGGCUACCCCUUCAACAGAACACCCCUCGCUCCAGGUGAGUCACGUAAAUGGGAAGAUUGGGAACUUCCUUGCUACAUCACAAGCUUCCUCACUAUCGUCAUCCUUGGUGUUGGGCUUAAUGCUAAGCCCGAUUUAACCAUCGAAACUUGGGCCCAUGAAAAGGCCCUCGAACGUCUCAAGAUCGAAGCUGCUGCAAACGCUAAUAACGAAUCCUCUGAAUAGUGAUGAAUUAUUAUUCGGAUCGGAAACGGUUAGGUUAAAGACGAAAAAUUAAUAAGGUGGAAUUUUAAUUUCUUUAAUUUUUGCACAUGCUUGUUAAGAUGAGAUUGUUGACUCGCUUGUUGUUAUUAUUAUCUUUUUUGUUUGAAUGUGGAUAAGGCAUUCCAGUGUUAUGUUCUUGUUUCAAUGCUUUUGUUACUUUUAUAUGGCUUUAGAUUAGUUAUUAUGCGUGUUUGGAGGAAUAAUUGAAAAUAAAGCUAGAAUUUAUCUUUA